AUGCAACAACCAAGCUCUGAUUAUUCUCCAGACCUGGUCAAAGAAACCUGCACCAGCGUGGAACCUCUAGACAGGGAAGCUGAUCUCCAUAAGGAAAAUGCUGCUUGGUCUGAAAGCAGCAGCCCAGAAGAUGUCUUCAGUUCCUCUGAAAAGCAGACAGUACCAGUUUGUAUGGACACCCCCUUGCCUCCUAGGGACUACAUUCUCCAACAAGGUUACACAGAGUCUUCACUUCCGAGGCUUCCUGCAGAGGAGUGCAGCGGGAUCCAUCAUGCGCCUUUCCAGUUCGACCGCCAUGCUCGGGCCAGAAUUUCCACUUCUCCAACUUUAAGGCGCCUCAGGAUGGCCUCUGCCUCACAAGCACUGUCAUUUCAGGACUGUUCUAACACAGCACAGCUGGGAAAUCAAAAGGAAUACACUGGCUCUCUCCACCACAUUUGUAAGAGUCCACCCCGGUGCGUUACAAUUUCUUCAUUGUCGCUGCCUUCUUGUGUCCAUGCAAAAUUAUUGCCAUCCAAAGCCAAGUCUGAGAGAACUACAGCAGUUCCAGAGUCUGACCUACCCAGAUCAAAGCUUCCCAGCAAAGAGGAUCCUCUCAGCAAUGACAGUCCCAAUGAGCCACCCAGAAACUCUUGGAGAGCCAACUCUGCUACGCUUCCUACGAGACUCCCCCGCCCGAGCCCUACACUUUGGGCAGGUGUCCAGGAGAGUGGACUGCCCAUGCAAAGAUCGGCCGAGCGCAGGCGCAGCUCCCUGGUGGUGAGCCUGCCGGGCCUCGAGGUGUUCCCUGGAGACCUGCUGGUGUCAGACAGUGCCAUGGACUACCUGCCCUGCUCUUCCUUCCUGCUCAGUGCAGAGUCCAAAAAGUUAAGGUGGCCAUUUGCCAAAAGAGGAGUCGGUAAAGACAAACAGAAGCAAGCAUCUGAUCUGGAAAGUUGUCUUUCUACUGUUAAGAUCAUAGACUGCUGCACAGAUGAAUUUUUCUGCUUUAAGAGUAAAUCUUGGCAUGAAUUUAUAAAUGAGCAACAGACUGAGCAGAAAGAUGUCAACAGCCAGUUAGAAGUGAAAAAAGAAGCAGCAGUGUGGGAACUUUUCACAAGUGAAUGCACUUACUUUCUGGAUCAUUUGCUGGUUCUUAAGAUGAUAUUUAUGAACACUCUAAAAUACCUCCAGAGCAAUGAAUUUCUCUUGGAUGUGGAUUUGUGGAGACUUUUUGCAAACUUAGAGGAGUUAAACAAGAUAAGUCUCAGUUUUCUGAAGACAUUUUUUGAAACUGUGAAGAAGCACAUCAGCAAGUCAGACUCUCCUAUGGAUUUCAGCUCUGUACUCAGAAUGUUUUUCCAGGGUGACCUCUGCCAGACACACCAGAUUUAUUGCCUUAAUUAUACCUCUGCUGUCUUCUACUUGGAAAAGCUGAGAAAGAGAGAAGAUUUUGGCAUCUACCUGAAGUGGUGUGAACAAAAUAAACAGUGCAAGAGGUUGCAUCUGCCAGAGCUGCUGGUUGCUCCUCUGCAUCGACUGACACGGUAUCCCCUCCUCCUCAGCAACAUCUGGAAGAGGAGCACUGAUGAAACAGAGAAAAGUUUUAUCCAGUCACUUAAAGAGAAGGUGGAAAAGUCUAUAAGGGAUCUGGAAGGAAAAGUCAAGUGGUUGGAUAACUUUCAAAAGUUCAGGCAGCUGCAAGAGGUCAUAAUUUGGCCUCAGGUCUGGGAUCGUGACAAAAGGUUCUUUGUUCCAGAGUGUUUGAAGCAAAACUUAAGAGAAAGCAGCAGUGAAAACAUUUUGUCUUCAGCAAACAGACUUCUUCAUGAAGGGAAGCUGAUGCUAGCAGAAAGCACAAGGCUCCUUGAUGUCUACCUCUUUUUAUUUGAUGAUUUCCUACUAAUUACCAAAAUUAAACGUAACAAAAAGAAAUACGGAGGCUCAGACACCAGCUUAAUCCCUGUCUGUCCUUCCCUCACUCCUGAGCUGCAGUCCUUCAUAAGAGAGGGGGGAUUUUGCACAGUCCUAGACCAGCCCAUCCCACUAGACAGACUCAUACUGAAAAAUGUUGAACCCGUCCAAGUUACAGUCUUCAGCCUGCGAAAUGCUUUUCUAAUUCAGCAUGAGAACAGGUAUCAGCAGUGCAUAGCACUCUUCUUGCUACAAGCUCAGACAGAGACUGCCAAGGUAGCAUGGAUGUCACAGAUAGAAACAGCAAUUUCCAACUACACCACACAACAUGAAACCAAGAAAAGCACUGCUUUCUGCUUCCCUGUUGAAUCCUCUGAAAUUUAA